UAAGGAAUCUUGCCACGCUUCUUCAUUGACAACUACAUAUUUCAGAGAAAGUUUAGAUACAUGGAUCACAAUGACUCCUCAACCAAAUCAUCAUUUUCUAGCCACAACCUAACCUAACUCCAUUAUUGUUUAUUCAAGAUCAAACUCCUAGCAACUCUAAAAAAUUCUCACCAUUCUCUUUGAUAACUCAAUGGCCAUAAAACCAAGAAAGCUAUUUCCAACUUCAAACCAAACAGCUGAUUGUCAUGAUGUUUGUGACUUAACAUGUCCUUAUGGCUGUUAUCCAUACCCUGAUAUGGACAAUUACAUGCCACCACCAGCACUACUACAGCCACAAUUGGCACCUCAAUCGAGUAACAAAAAUGUUCAAAUCAUUUCACCUUAUGUAAUCAUCUCCGUCGCCUUGCUUGCUAGCUUGUUCCUACUUCUCAGCUACUACAUAAUCGUCGUGAGGAACUGCACGAAUUGGAGACGUAGGAGACACUCACGAACACAAUCAGAAGGCGUUAGCGAAGAGUUCUUGGAUGAAAAUCGAGGUCCGGUUAUUGAUCAUCCCAUUUGGUAUAUCAACACCGUAGGUCUUCAGCCUUCAGUUAUCAAUUUAAUCACAAUUUUCAAGUACAAAAAGGGGGAUGGUUUGAUUGAUGGAACAGAGUGCUCUGUUUGUUUAAAUGAAUUCCAAGAUGAUGAUUCUCUUAGGUUGUUACCAAAAUGUAACCAUGCCUUUCACAUCCAUUGUAUUGACACAUGGCUUAUAUCACACACAAACUGCCCCUUGUGUCGUGCUGCCAUCGUCUCUAACACUGCAACGUCUGCUCCAGUGGGUACAAUCGACCCCAUCUCUAGUACUAAUAUGAGCUCCAAUGAAGAUAAUGGCUCACAAAGAGAGAUAAUUGUAGAAGUGAAUAGCAACAAUGAAGCCAGAGAUGAGGAAUUUCAAGAAAAUGUGAGGAGAGUGACGGGUGUGAUUGAACGUCCUGAAACUUCGAAAAAAGAAAGGGGUGAUAAAGAUAUGGAAGUACAACCAAUGAGGAGGUCUGCUUCUAUGGAUUCUUCAAUUUCUACAACCAUAGGACUACAAAUGGUUGUGUUACCAAAGGAUGGAGGUGAAAAAAGCUGCGUUGAGACAACAAGAAAUGAGGAAAUAGGUUCAAAUUCAAGAACGAAAAGGGUGAUGGAGAGUGCUUCUUCAAUGAAGAGGUCAUUGUCUUAUGGUGGGAGGUCAUUAUUCUCGAAACAACAUCGAAAUCCAAGUUCAGUACUUCCAUUGUGAACAAAUUUUAGUUGCUCAAAAACAUUGUUGUUCUCUAUAUUAUGUGUCCAAAAGAAAGGUUCAAGAUCCUGAAUCAUGACAUAACAGAAGAAAAAUGGGGAUUUAUGGUAAUUUUAAGUCUGAAAUCUAACUGACUUACACUCGUUGUACAGGUAUGUUAAAAAGCUUUAGUUCAUAAAUUAAUUAGUCUUCUACCACCUCAACAUCAUCUGUAACGUGUUGUGCACCAAAUUAUAAGUAUAAUUCCUUAUAGCAUGAAGGAUGA